AUGGAACAAGGUGAUUUUGGAUCUCAUGAAACUGAGUCUCCAGAACCAACAGCUUCCUCAGAAACUGAGACUACUUUAUCUGAUCUAGUUGCAAUGACUGAUUCUGGAUUUCGAGAGAACAAAACAAAUGUCCUAAUGACCACACCGUCUCCACAAGUUACUCCCCUUCCAACUAAUGAAAACAAUGACGCUGAAAUAACUGCUUAUAUGGAUUCAGAUAUUAAUGGUUUGUCUGGCAUCAAAGAAAACAACAUUCUUGAAGUACCAAUACAGGGAUUCAAAGAAAAUAAUGCAUUGAAUAAACCAAGCGAAAUAGGGGCUCUGGGUCCAAAGAAUAAUGCUGGCAAGUGUUGUCCUUUGGGUGCAAAAGGAGAAAAGUCACAUCAAGGAGCUGAGAGAGAGUUUGGAAGCAGCCAGAACUCAUCUUCUGGAGAGAGAGAAUAUGUUAAAAGAAACCAUGAAGAAGAGAGUAAUAUUGAACUUCCUGAUUCUUCUAAAGAAAUCCAUUCUCAAGAAGAAGAAAGGAGAAAGGUAUUUCGCAGAGAGAUUGGACCUUCUACCUUUUCUGAUCCAGAAGGAUCACAGGCAUCAGAAGGCAGCUCAAGUACUGAAGGAAUAAUUGGAACUGAUCAACAGGAAGUGACUAAAAUUCUGAGUCCUAACGAUGAGAAAAAUGGAUGUGCUACAGCUCAGGCUUUUUCAGUUGGGCUAAUGGGACAAAUUGAACUUCCAUUGAUUGGAACGCCAGUUAAAUUUCAAAAUAUUUUCUUUAAUGAUCAGCAGCUGUAUAACACUAGUUCAGGAACAUUUAUUGCUGAGCUAAUCUUCGAAAGAACAUUGCAUGAUCUAGGCCGCUUGCCGGCCUUUGAGAAACUGUUGCAAUGCAGGGUGUUUUAUACAUGGGACCAGCUGCUAGAGGAAGUGGUACCGACGGAUACAAUCACAACAUUUAAAAGGCAUUUGGACAGGAUAAAUGGUGAAGGAAACAUUACAACAGCUGCAAGGAUGUUUAGCCUUCCAUGGCACACAAAGCUCCUUCUGUUGUUACUCUUCAUAGCACAAAUAGUCACAAAAAGUACACCACCACCAAAAGCUGAAUUUAAGAAAGAUGACGUUUUUACUGGGGAUUUAUUUCCAACCUCAACUGUACCUGCAGAAGAACUUGGGACUGAUAAUUCAGGUCUUUCAUCUGAAAGUUCCACAUUGAAGUCAACAUCUCUACGUUUAUUUGACACCUUUCCAACUCUACCGCCUUUUGAAGAUAAUGGAAAUUUUACUAUUGAUUCGGAUGAGUUCCUUUUUAAUUGCUGUGACUGCUGUCCUCCAGUAACAGGUCAAAAAGGUGAACAGGGAGAACCUGGCGAAGCAGGGCCUCCAGGUGAAAAAGGAGACCAGGGCAUAAUAGGUCUUCCUGGACCCCCAGGUCAAGCUGGUAUAAAGGGUGCUAUUGGAGAGAAAGGGUCAAAAGGGGACCGUGGUCUAGAUGGAUUUGAUGGACUGCCAGGAUUUAUCGGGAAACCAGGGGAAAAAGGUGAGCAAGGAGCAAAAGGUGAUAAAGGGAACAUUGGUUUUCCAGGAUUUAAAGGAGAUAAAGGUGAUAAGGGAGGUCCCUGUGAAAAUGGUACCAAAGGAGAAAAAGGAGAGCAGGGAGAUGUUGGCAAAAUGGGGUUAACUGGAGAAAAAGGUGAGAAAGGUGAGAGAGGAGAUAUAGGAGAAAAAGGAGAAUGCGGGGACAUUGGUGAGAAGGGUGAUCGUGGAGAUUCAGGGGCAGAAGGUGAUAAAGGAGAAAAAGGUGAACCAGGGAAUGAUGGUAUUAAUGGAAGUGAUGGAUUGAGUGGGGAAAAGGGAAAUGAAGGACAAAAAGGAGAUAAGGGGGACCAAGGACCAAUGGGACCCAAAGGAGCAACAGGGCCAAAAGGAAAAGAUGGUCGCAAAGGUGCCCGUGGUCGAAAAGGCAUUCGCGGAUUAAGGGGCUUGCCAGGAAACAAAGGUCAGGAUGUAAAGAUCAUGCCAUCUGCAUUUAGUGUGGGAUUAUUGCCAAGUAAGUCCUUCCCUUCAGUUGGUACCCCAAUAAAAUUUGAAAAGAUGUUCUAUAAUGAGCAAAAUGUCUACAAUCCAGAAACUGGAAAAUUUCGCUGCAGCAUUGGAGGUGUUUAUGUGUUUUCUUACCAUUUGACUGUGAGAAGUAGACCUAUAAGAAUUAGUCUGGUAAAAAAUGGAACUCGUACCUUGAAGAGUAGAGAUGCAAUUUUUGGUCAGGAUAUAGAUCAGGCAUCUGGCAUGGUUAUUCUUAAAUUAAAACCCAAUGAUGAAAUCUGGUUGAUGAUAACUCGAGACUGGAAUGGCAUUUUUGCGAGCAAUGAUGAUGAUAGUACAUUUACAGGGUUUCUUUUGUAUCCAGAGUAA